AAGGAUUGGGCCGACUCUUCCCGACCAAAACAUUUAAUCGAACCAUGCGUCGGGUGAUACCGAUUUUUGGCGCCCGUUUCAUUACACGAUAUUAAUGAUAGAAGACGGUAUAUUUUUUUAAUUUCAAUGUGAAGUGAAGUGUCCGUGUAAUAUUUUACUCUGCACUAAUGCCCACACUACACCUCAAGCCAGGAUUGACGAUGGCUCGUUACAAGAAGACAGGGUUUAUGGAUGACGAUGCGGGCAGUGUUAGCUCCAUACAACUCAAUGAAGGGGUUCGUUCUGGAGGCACGCAUAUUCGUUACCACAUGGGCGUUUCGUUUAUAGGAUGGCAUCAGAGAACCAAGCUAGAAAGAGUGCUUCUCGUAACGAGUGCUAUCCUCCUCGUAGUUGUACUAUUGACUAUAUCUGUUCUGCUGACUCUACGUGGUCCGUCGUAUAUUCCAGUACCGCCGUGCUACCAACCUGAGCAUAAAGAAGAGAGCAGUGUCUGUUUGUCUAGUUCUUGUAUCUACACAGCGAGUGAAGUUAUCAGAGCUCUUGACGAAACUCAGGAUCCCUGUGAAGACUUCUACGACUUCGCAUGCGGAGGUUGGAUCAGAAACAAUCCGAUACCCGAGGGUAAAUCCAGCUGGGGAAUCUUCAGUAAAAUCGAACUUCAGAAUCAACUUAUCAUCAGAUCGGCAAUAGAAAAAAUCAACAUAACUGAUCCGUCAGACGCAGAAGCCAAAGCACGUGUUUAUUAUGACGCGUGUAUAGACACGAACGAAACAAUAGAGAAAUUAGGAGAGAAGCCGCUAGUGAAUAUUAUAAAGAAGUUAGGUGGUUGGCACAUACUACCGAACACUUUGAUCAAACAGCACAAAUGGGACUUACAGAAGUUGCUUCAAGAUGUGCAGAACACAUACAAUUUAGGUGGACUUUUUAAUUGGGCUGUUACAGAGGAUGACAGGAAUUCAUCUAAACACGUCAUCGUUCUCGAUCAAGGUGGUUUAAAUCUGCCCACUCGCGAUAAUUAUCUCAACAGGACUGCACAUAAGAAAGUUCUUGAUGCAUACUUAGACUAUAUGACCAGAAUUUGUGUUUUACUGGGAGCGAAUAAAACCGAAGCGCGUGUGCAGAUGAACAAAGUCAUUCUAUUCGAAUCCGAAUUAGCCAAUAUAACUAUCCCGGCAGAGGAUAGAAGGGAUGAAGAAGGAUUGUAUAAUCCGUACACAGUGAAACAGUGGCAGAAAGAAGCACCAUUCCUGAAUUGGUCUAUGUUCUUUAACGAUGCCUUCAAACUUGUCAAUAGAAGUAUACCUGAUAAUGAAAGAAUAGUUGUAUACGCUCCAGAAUAUUUUAAAAAUCUAACAAGAAUUUUGAGAAAAUACAGUAAAACGGAAGAAGAUCAAAAAACACUCACUAGUUACAUGAUGUGGCAGGUGUCCAGAUCUCUCUCCACCUAUUUGUCCAAGUCCUUCCGAGAUGCCACUAAAAUUCUAAGGAAGGCCCUCUUUGGUUCUGAAGGCACGGAGGAAUCUUGGCGUUAUUGUGUUACGGAUACCAAUAAUGCUAUCGGUUUCGCUGUGGGCGCAAUGUUCGUCCGCGAAGUAUUUCAUGGAGAAGCAAAGACGCAAGGUGAAAUAAUGAUAGAUAAUAUACGAGCAGCUUUUAAAAAACAUCUCAAAGAACUGGAUUGGAUGGACGCUGAAACUAGAGAGGCAGCUGAAACGAAGGCUGAUGCUAUUACUGACAUGAUAGGAUUUCCCGACUACAUAUUAAACAAAGAAGAUUUAGACAAGCAGUACGAAGAGUUGGAAGUCAAGCCUAACGAAUACUUCGCCAAUAAUAUCGCUUUCAACGUUUUUAGUCUUAAACACGAUCUCAGUAAAUUGGAUCAGCCUGUUAAUAAAACCAAAUGGGGAAUGACCCCAUCCACCGUCAACGCAUAUUACACACCAACGAAGAAUCAAAUAGUAUUUCCAGCUGGUAUCCUACAGUUACCGUUCUAUGAUGGCGACAACCCGAAAAGUGUCAAUUAUGGCGCUAUGGGAGUCGUUAUGGGACACGAAUUGACACACGCUUUCGACGAUCAAGGGCGGGAGUAUGAUAGGUUUGGCAAUCUUAACCGUUGGUGGAAUAACGCAACCAUUGGAAAAUUCAAACAUCGAACUGAAUGUAUUCAAGAACAAUAUUCUAAAUACAAGAUGGAGGGACAGAAUUUAAAUGGCAAACAAACACUCGGCGAAAAUAUAGCAGACAACGGCGGUCUGAAAGCGUCAUUCCACGCCUAUCUUGAAUACAGCAAGAACGCCAAAGUCAACCUUACAUUACCUGGACUGAAAUACAAUCAUCGUCAAUUGUUCUUUAUAUCUUUCGCACAGGUGUGGUGCUCAGCUAUGACCAAAGAAUCUACGAAGAUGCAAAUCGAAAAAGACGAUCACACCAUCGCCAAGUAUAGAGUAAUUGGACCGAUAUCGAAUCUUCCAGACUUUUCGCAGGAGUUCAACUGUCCCGUAGGUUCAAAAAUGAAUCCUAAAUACAAAUGUGAAGUAUGGUAGAUUUAUCAUAAGCCAUGGUGUAAAUAAUGCUUCGGCUACGCUGAUUACGUGCAGCGUAAUGCAUACAAAAUUUUAAAAGUUGUAACAUAGAUUAGACAAGAUUUAUACUAUUGCAUAU